AUGGCAGAAGUCGACCAGAACCCUCCUCCACUGGACGGCGAGGGACCAGCAUUACCUCCACGCAAGAAGCUCAAGCUUUCUGAUCUCCCCAUUUCGCAGACAAAGCGAUCAGCCAUCGAUGGCCUGCACCACACGUUCCGCAAGAAGGGCGAAUACGACGCGAUGCGAAAGCAGAUAUUCGCGCAGUUCGAGGCCUCCCCCGCUAAAGACGCCCUUCUUGCUUCUAUCGAGGAACUUGUCGAUCGUGAGACCGAUCGCGACCCGUCAUUAUUGUCCAAGGACCCGCGACUCGCAGCAACGCUGAUUGAGGGUGCUGGAGAGCGUUCCGACAUCUAUAAAGAUGUUUCUGCCUCCCUGAAUCAGAUGAUUGACGAGUUUUGUACCUCCCAGGGUAUACAAAAGAUGCGCGAGUAUAGGGUACAGGAAAUCGGUGCAGAGCUUGCUGCAGAAGAGGAAAAGCGCGGGAGCAAAGCUGACGAAGACUACAUCCGUGAAGCAGAUGCUCGCCGUGAGGAGAGAGCUGCAAAGCGGGCGAAAGAACUCGAAGAGGAACUCGAAAAGGAGAGACAAGAGAAGGCCAGGAAAGACGAGAGAAGACGUCGUGAAAAGGAGGAGGAAGCUGCUCGUGAGAAAGAGCGCAGGGAACGCGACGAAAGGAGGCGCAAGGAACGGGAGGAGCGCGAGAAAGAAGAGGAGGAGCGUCGCCGUCAAGACCGAGAGCGCAUCGAAAAGGAGCGAGAGGAGAAGCGAGCUCGCAAAAAGAAGGAAGACGAGGAGUGGGAAGCACAACGUUCGGAGCGUAUCCGAAGGGAACGUGAGCGGCAUUCGGAACGAUACGGUGACCGCUAUAGUCGCCGUAGCCGUAGUCGCAGCCGCAGUCGAGAUCGUCGCAGAGACAGGAGCAGAGACCGUCGCCGAGAUGAUAGCAGAAGCAGAAGCAGAAGCAGAAGCCGUGGUCGUGGCGCUGAUAGGCGCAAUGCAAAGGCAAGGACGAAAACCCCUGAACCCCCUAAACCGGUCAAUCUCGACGAUAUCAAGGUCGACGACGAUGCAGCACUGCAAGCACUUCUUCAGGAGAGUGAGCAGAUGAAGAAAUCUAGACAGCGACCAGCGCUCGAACGAUCAGAAUCUCUGGACCCGCCGAUGCGGAAACCUUUGCCUCCUAAAUCACUUGUCCCACGAGAUCCUGUUCCCGAACGGAGCAGCAAAGCACAAGACAAGACUCAAUCGCCUGAGAAGCAAGAUGCUGGUGCUGCGGAACAAUCUUCGAAAAGCUCCAAGGAUGAAGACACUCCGAUGCCUGACGCGCCGGCCUCUGAGAAGGCCGACGAAAAGAAGCCGAUCUCGCGCUUCGAUCUUCCGCCGCCAGCCAAACCAGAGGAGAAGUCUCGAGUCGCUCGCGAUCUCGGGCCAGCAGAGCCGAUGAACGCAGGUCGCGACGCGAUGACGACCGCUACUCUUAUCGCGCCCGUGACGAUAGCAGACGCCGGGACAGAGACAGAGAUGACCGUGGCGACAAGCGUUCUCGCCGCGAAGGCUCGCGUGUUGAUAGGAGCGCUUCCCGCGAGACUUUCUCCAGUCGCCGCAAGUCUCGAUUUGAUUCUCGAAGUCCCUCACCACGCCGCGACAGAGACCGACGACGUUCGCGAUCGCGCUCUCGCUCUCGCGGUGGUCGUAGAGACCGAUCGCAGGAUCGGCGUGGACAUCGUCGCUCUCGUUCUCGAAAUCCUCGUGACAACAAUGAUCGCGAACGUAGUAGAUCUCGUAACCGCGACCGCGACCGCGACCAUCACCAUAACAGGGACCGUGAUCGAGAUCGGGACCGCGACCGAGACUUCAGGCCUAGAGGUUACGACAGAGCUAGGCCUUCACGCCUCGAUGCUUCAGAUCGCUACCUACCUGGUCGUGACAACAACGACGAUAGAGGAGAUCGAAAUCGUGAUCGAGAUCGUGACAGGGACCGCGAUGGAGAUAAAGACCGAGACCGAGAUAGGGAUCGCAGGCGAAGGGAUAGAAGUAGGUCACGCAGCCGCAGUCGGAGCCGCGACCGUGCUCGUCGAUGAAAGCAACCAUACGGGGUAUGGGAUGGCCCAUUGCCUGUACCAAUAA